AUGCGAAUAACUGUAGCAAACAAUAUUAAGUCCACAAUUAAGAAAACUCAAGAUGCUAAGGAAUUUAUGAAAUCUAUGAAAAAAUGUUCUCAGUCAGAGUCGGCUGAUAAGUCACUUGCUGGAACACUUAUGAGUACUUUAACCAACAUCAAGUUUGAUGGUUCUCGUACUAUACAUGAGCAUAUCCUUGAAAUGACGAACUUAGCAGCAAGAUUAAAGACCAUGGGAAUGAAAGUUAGUGAGAAUUUUUUGGUAACGUUUAUCCUUAAUUCCUUACCUUCAGAGUAUGGCCCAUUUCACAUGAACUAUAACACUCUGAAAGAUAAAGGGAAUGUGCACGAAUUACAAAGUAUGCUCAUUCAAGAGUAA